AUGCAGUCGUUUGAAGAUGAGGAAGCAGAGAGGAAGGGGAAGGCGGUGGUGGUCAGUGGCAGCAUCGCUGGGUUGUCGUGCACGCACGCGCUGAUCAUCGCCGGCUGGGGAGUAGUGGUGUUGGAGAAAACAAGCUCCCCGGCGACGGGUUGCGCCACCGGUGCCGGGCUCGGGCUCGACCCGUUGGCGCAGAAAGUCAUCAAGUCAUGGCUCGAUGAGCCUCAUGCGCUUGACCUCACCACGCUGCCGCUCACCAUUGAUCAAAAUGAAGCAACUGAUGGGGAGAAGAAAUCAAGGAUGCUAACAAGGGAUGAGAGCUUCAAUUUUAGGGCAGCACUCUGGUCUGAUCUGUACAGCCUUCUAUACAAGGCAUUGCCUCCAAAGACAGUCCGCUGGGGGCAAACAUUUAUUUCCUUUUGCGUUUCCGACGACGGAAACCGUGUGAGAGUGAAGGCUAAAGCUUCUCAAUUUGGAGAAAUAGUUGAGGUUGCAGGUGAUCUUCUUGUGGCAGCUGAUGGUUGUCUCUCUUCAAUACGGCAGAGUUUCUUCCCUGAGUACUGUAAAUUGAGAUAUUCAGGUUAUUGUGCAUGGAGAGGGGUCCUUGAUUUUUCGGAAAAUGAGGAUUCUAGCACCGUUCUUGCGCUAAAAAAGGCUUUCCCUGAUCUUGGGAAAUGCUUAUAUUUCGACUUAGGAUCAGGAACUCACUCUGUGUUUUAUGAGCUGUUGAACGAACGAUUGAAGAAGACCUUCUAUGUAACUUCUAGAGGUCAUGAGUCUCGUGACAGAUUUUUGUAUGCUCCAAUUGAGAUUGAAAUUGCUAAAACAUGCUCCCCGCGUGAUCGAGGGCAUAAUGGUAAAUCUACUCCCAGGCGGGCAAUUCCUCUGCUCUUUGGUGAUUUCUCUGUCCAAGGUCAUUUCUCUGGUGGUGACCGUUUCUCUGAUUACGUCUGUUCCUCUGGCGAGGUCCAUUUCUCUGGUAAAGAUCGUUCCUCUGCUCUGCACAUAUUACUCCUCAUCACAUAUAAAGGUGAAAAACCUAUCCGCAUGUAG